AAAAAGUGGGACUUAAAAAACCAAGACUGGGUUUUGAUGCUCUCACUCUCACACCCACUGCGUUCAUGCUCUUCUCGCCUUCUUCUACACUCUUCUUCUCUCCUUCCCUCCUCUCUCUUCUUCCUCCCUUUUCCAAUUUCCCUAAACCCUAACCUCUCCAUGUCGUCCUCCAACCCUCCCAACGCCUUUACCAAGAUGAUGUCCACCGCACGCGCCGCCGCCAGGAAGAAUCCCCCACCGCAGUCCUCCUCUUCCCCCAAGAAACGCAAAACCCCAACCCCGACCCCCAAACCAGACCAGACCGCCGCGGAUUCGAAGCCGGAAAUGAAAGAAGAAGACUCCGCCCCCACCGCGCCGCCUCCGACGAAGAAGCCGCGCGCGGCGAGCGGAGUGGGGGAGCGGACGGCUCAAUUGGCGAGCAGGAUUGAGCUCCUGAAGCGGAAGGCGUCGGAUUUUGACCCGGACGCGGUGGCGAAUUGGGGGAAAGGCGAGAAGGUUCCGUUUAUGUUUCUUGCUUUGACUUUUCAUUUGAUUUCGAAAGAGAGUGGGAGGAUUGUGAUCACGGAUAUUGUGUGUAAUAUGCUGAGGACUGUGAUCCACACCACGCCCGAGGAUUUGCUGCCGGCGGUGUAUCUUUCGGCCAGUAAGAUUGCGCCGGCGCAUGAAGGCUUGGAGCUCGGCAUCGGCGACGCUUCGAUUAUCAAGGCCCUUGCUGAGGCUUGUGGGAGUAGUGAGAAUAUUAUCAAGGAGCGCUAUAAAAAAGAGGGAGACUUGGGAAUUGUUGCACAAAAAAGCCGUUCCUCUCAAUCUAUGAUGCGCAAGCCUGUGCCACUGACUGUCACCAAGGUUUUCAACGCAUUUCGCGCCCUCGCUAAGGAAUCUGGAAAGGAGAGCCAGGACAAGAAAAAGAUCCAUAUGAAGUCCCUUCUUGUUGCCGCCACCGACGUUGAACCUUUGUAUUUGACCCGUUUGCUUCAGUCAAAGAUGCGAAUUGGAUUGGCAGAGCAGACUCUUUUAGCCGCACUGGGACAAGCUGCAGUCUAUUCUGAAGAACAUUCUAAACCACCUUCUCAUGUUCAGUCUCCUUUAGAAGAGGCUGCAAGGAUUGUUAAACAAGUGUACUCUCUGCUUCCUGUCUACGAUAAGAUCAUUGCUGCUCUUCUGAGUGGUGGUGUUUGGAAUCUUCCAACAACAUGUGCCUUUACUUUGGGUAUUCCAGUUGGACCUAUGCUUGCAAAGCCAAGUAAAGGGGUAUCUGAGAUUGUACAAAAGUUUCAGGAUACAGAGUACACAUGUGAAUACAAGUAUGAUGGAGAACGUGCCCAGAUACAUUACAUGGAGGAUGGGUCUGUUGAGAUAUAUAGUCGAAAUGCUGAGCGAAACACUGGAAAGUUUCCUGAUGUUGCGGUUGCAGUGUCAAGGUUAAAGAAGUCAUCUGUAAAGUCAUUUGUUUUAGAUUGCGAAUUGGUUGCCUAUGACCGUCAAAAUAACAAAAUUCUGCCCUUCCAGGUACUUAGCACUCGAGCCCGUAAAAAUGUGAGCAUGGGCGACAUUAAGAUUGAGGUCUGCAUAUUUGCUUUUGAUAUGUUGUUCCAUAAUGGUCGACCUCUUACUCAAGAACAGCUCAAAGUUCGUAGAGAGUAUCUUUAUAGCUCUUUUGAGGAAGAAGCUGGAGUUUUUCAGUAUGCCACAGCAAUAACCUCAAAGGAUAUUGAUGAAAUACAAAAGUUUCUUGACGCUGCUGUUAAUUCAAGUUCUGAAGGUUUGAUUAUCAAAACAUUAAAUAAAGAUGCUACCUACGAGCCUUCAAAGCGGUCACUUAACUGGUUGAAAUUGAAGAAAGAUUACAUGGAUAGUUUUGGUGACUCACUGGACUUGGUACCUAUUGCUGCUUUCCAUGGCCGGGGCAAACGUACAGGUGUCUAUGGAGCUUUUCUUCUUGCUUGCUACGAUAGUAGUAAUGAAGAGUUUCAGAGCAUAUGUAAAAUAGGCACUGGAUUUUCUGAAGCAGUGCUUGAAGAACGUUCUGUCAGUCUGCGUGAAAAAGUGAUACCUAAACCUAAGACAUACUAUAGCUAUGCAGAAACAAGCAAUGCAAACACUCCAGAUGUAUGGUUUGAGCCCAGUCAGGUUUGGGAGGUUAGAGCCGCGGAUUUGACUAUUAGUCCUGUGUAUCGUGCUGGAGUAGGCAUAGUGGAUCCUAACAAGGGUAUUUCUCUUCGAUUUCCACGCCUUGUUCGUGUUAGGGAAGAUAAAAAACCAGAGGAAGCUUCAUCUUCGGAGCAGGUUGCUGAGCUGUAUACAGCUCAAGCUAACAAAACUUCUAACCACCAAGAUGACAAGGAAGACGAAGACUAGAAACAAGAGUUCUGUGUAAAGACCCGUACGGUGUUGAUACAACCCACACGGCUAGAUAUCUGAAUGUAAACCUGUAGGGUUUAACCAAUACAAGAGAGCGCAAUUGCAAUCCUUGGAUGUGUUUCACUGACAUAUGGUGCCAAACAUUGAGGUUAUCAGUGGUUACAUUUAGGCAAUUAGCUGAUUUGAGCUAUUCUUUUUUCUUCGUCUUUACCCCUGCGGAAUAUUUCUUGCAUCUAUAACAAAAUGCUGAUUAGCACAACUUUGUUGUCUUGGCUACCACAGAUCAUAUGUGAGAAUGCUCCACUU